UACUGGUGAAGUAAUUUUUUUGCCAAAAAGGUGAAUUAAUUAAAUUAAAACUCCGUCAGGGGGCGAUAAGCUGCCCCCCCUGUUGGAUACGCCACUGAAUGCGGGUCGCAUAGUUAUGCAGAAUUUUCAAUUCAUUCCGGCGAUGAAGUUUAAUUUCGUUAUCCCUAAGCCGACUGGGCUCAAACGCGGCGCUACGCUUAAUACUUUCCGGUGCGUGUCGGAUAUUCAGCCCACCGGCAUGAUUAUAGCUAAGAGGCUGACUAUUUUCCUAAUGGCAUUGCCAAAUUUACGUUUGCGCCAGUUCCGUCGCCCCGUUUCCGCGGCCUACAACAUUUGAGGAUAUAAUUUAUGUGAAUAUAUUAAACCAAAUCACACCAGUGUUUCCACAUUCCUAAUUUGUUCCCCUGUGUGGGAUAGGCCAUCUCAGUGAUUUGAAAUGAAAGUUGAAUGAGCGAUUAAAAGAGUGGUACAUUAUAAUAUGACAGUGUUCCCGGGUUUCCACACCAGACAUUACUUCUUGAUUUAUUGAUUAGUCAAUAUUUUAAGGAAGUUUUGUCCUGCAUAGAUUUUCUUCGUUUUGUUGUGUUUGUGAGUUUGUGUUGUUGUUAUUGUUCUUGGUCUUAUUGUUUUUUGUUUAUUGUUUUGUUUUGUUCGUUGGGAAUUUCUAAUUUCCCAGAGUGCCCUCCACUGGAAGGAUACAAAGGAUUGAAUUAUUCCAAAAUGUUUCUGUAAUCUUUACUUUUACCACUGAGAGAAAUUCAAUCGGAUCGGUUUGUGAACAGUGAUCUUGUGUGAAUUGAGUAGGUUUAUGCCUGCACUCAUAGCAAUUGUCAAAAUAGACGAACAACAUCACAGGGCGGAACAAAUCCAUCUGCAUGUACAGAUGGACUUGUUCCGCCCUGUGUCCCCAAUCACGUGAUUCGGCCUGUCGAAGAAUCCAUAAUAGACGCCCACUGAUUGGUCAUGAUCCUGAGGUCGACUGGCUGUACACAGGUCUAAUGUAAUGCAUAGUCGCCGAAACAGCAAGCGUAAAUCAUUAUACGAAUGUCUAGUCAAUCACGUCAUCAUUUUAUUAUGAUCUGUAUUGCACACAAGAUCUCAUCUUCGAAUAUGCCGAAAUAUUCUUAAAUGUUCUACACGUAAUACAUUUCUCUAUAUGUUCCUGCACCGUCUAUCGCCUGCCUUGUCAGACCGCUGGGCGCUUAAAUUUCAUUUCCGAUUCAGCAAUGUCGCCGGCGAGUGGGCACAUGUCGGUGGUACAUUAACCACGGCACGGGUCUGGCAUGAUGCGGAUGCGGAGGUGGUCGUGAAAGGAAGGGGGCGUUGGAUGGUAAAAUUCUUCCGCUUGUGGGUGAGAGUCUGAAGGUAGAGCCAGUGGUACCCUGGGCUCUUGCGCCGCGUGCGCACCGCGACGGGUUCCGAUUACGGCGAAACUUAAUAUGCCCGGACCCACGGGUGCAUCGUGAUGAAAACUGAAGUAAUAGGUGCGAUAAAUUUCCAACCGACGAGAGUGUGAAAAUUAUAUCGGUGAUCCGCAGGAACUUCAAUCGCAAUUUCAACUUCAAUUUUCUUCAAUCGCACUGUGAGGUGGGAUUCUUCUUCAUGAACGGGUGCAUUUGACAACGCUCGGAAUUUUCCUCUGUCGCUAUCAUUCCCGUAAUUAUGUGACUCAAGAUAUUCAUUUCGUUGAAAGACUCCAUCAUAGACUGGUUCAGUCUUUUACAUCUAAAUUUCUAGCUUUCCUGAAGAUAAUUUGCCUUCUCAAAAUGAUACGAUUUCCCUUCCGGGUAUAUGUGAGCAUAAACAACGGCACGACAUCCUAGCCCGUUCUCGUAUCGCAAUAUCUAUUUGUCUUGGAAUGCCGUCCGAAUUCCGUGAAAGGCCCCAGAGCAGAAAACCCAAAUCGAAGCCAGCCUGGUUCGCGAAAAAAAAUGCGGUGUAAUUUCUUCGAGUGGACAUCCAUAAUGGAUCCCACUGUAAACCUCACCUGCAGACGGACGUGCGCGCCGCUGGGUAUAACUGUACACCCACUCCAAGCCCGCGAUGACAUUUUCCAAUCCGUGUCUGGGGCUCAGCGACGGAACUGCUAGCUUAGAAAAGCCCACGAAGAAGCGGUGCGAACCCAGCCCGAGGGGGUAAUGUGCCCGACGAAGGAUUUGUCCCUGUCCUGCUCAAAAGAAAAAAAAAGAAAUCGCUGGAUCGAAGUGCUAUUGAUAUCGCGAGUCGUCACGGGUUAUAUGGUUUAAAAUUAAAUCUCCCCACGCUCCCGGUGUAGGCCAACAAUUAUGUCCCUUCGUAAAACUGUCUGGGGGACGUACAGUAAAAAUUAGCUGGAUAAAUAUGCUCCUCAGCCCAAUUCACUCUGUCUCCCUCCACGUUAUCCCGUCCUUUCCGGGUAAUUUAGCCCAUCCGUGUUUUGCCACACGUUUGGGUUUUUUUUUUUAUUUGUUUUUUUUAUAUGUUUUGUGGUGAAUUCAGUCCUCAAGAAAGGGGCCUAAUUUUUUUUCUGAUAAGUCAAUUCCGUCCAGAUGCUGCGCGUAAAUAUGCAGUUGAAAUAAAGUAAAGCGUAGUCUGGAUGCAAGACUUGUGAGGUUUUGGGAAUAUAUUGACCAGAUGCGCACAUUUCUUAGUUAGACAGGGGGACCAAAUUACCUUAUACACCGGCUAGACGGGAGGUCUUCCGGUGCAGUAUGCUGUGGGCCUGUGGCGACGUUUUCGUAGCGGCGCCAGCGAGGAGAUGUCGGAAUACCCGAUCCCCGUCCCCAGGGCAAGGAAAUAUUGACAUGUAGAAUUUGUUUUUUACAAUCAUGUGAUAUAUCUGGUUUAACAACAAGGGACAGCAUGUUGAAUCGUGAGAAAAAAAAUAUCUUUUUUUUCUUUCAUCUAUAUACGUUGUGUGUUAAAAUGGCAGCUAUUGUCCUGUGCUGUACCGUAGACAUCGUGACUUCAAGCCGGUGUUAUUUUUCCAGGGGGUCGAAUUACUGUACUGCUGAAGCUCUUUGCUUCGGGUGAAUAAUUCUAGCGCAGGUGUACGUCGAGAAAUAACAACCAUCUCCGGAAUAUUAUGAUUCGCAAAAUUGUUUGGCGUCGUCUUAACUCCGCUCCCUACAUGAACAGUAGAAUGCCAACUAUCCUCUCACCUAUAAUUUUUCCCUUCGAAGGACAACAUGCAACAGUCGGGAUCAUGAUGAUCGCUAAUAUUUGGGCGAAAUUGCCAGGAUGAGUCGGUGGCGACACGAGUGAUUCAUCCCUGGAAGGCCCGCGGGCGAUCUCUAUCUCGGAGAAGGGGAUGUCGAUGACGGCGUCCGAAUUAUUGCAAUGACGCGGAUCUCUUCGUACAACAAACAGUGGGGAUUGCUUUGAUGACUUUUCAUUAUGCAGAACCCACCUAAUAAAUUAUAAACAUAAAUCUGUCUUUCACGGAGGUGCUCUGAAACGCUGUUAAGGGCACUUGUUUCUUCGAUCGAACUCCAUAACUUGAUUUCUUCGAAUCCUCAUUGAGUAGCUGUUUUGCUUACACAAUUUAGCACUGGCACACGCACAGGAUGUACGUACAUGUACAUUGACUAAAAUAGGAUAAGUUACCCAACAGGCUUUACGACGCCCGUACUUCCGUCUCAAUAUUUGGCUGUGCUGAAGGCAGUUAGCUCAUCUCGCGGCCCUCGGAGCGGUCACAGGGGUACGAGUGAGUAAGAUCGACUACUGAAGACCUUCUGCACGUGCGCCACUUCUUAGACGCGAAUAACAGUCAUGGCCAAGUAAUCGGCAUUACCUAAGGGAGCAAAGUGCUGCACGGUCCACCGAGAGAGGUCGACAGGUAAAUAAAAGCCGGCGAUAAUUUCCAUCACAGAGCUGCUACGUGCGCAGUUCUUCGGACCAAGUCCUCGGGGCGAGCCGAUCACCGCGAGUACUCGAUGACAGAGACCUGCGUAAGGGCACCUAUCACACAUGGGAGAAAAAAAAAGAUGCUUGCUUUUUUUUUUCAACAAGCCGGUGAGAAGUCGUCCGAGUAUUCUUGUCCAUUGAUAUAUCCCUUCAGAGUUCGGACUGGGCAAGCGAACAAACUCGCAACACCGCCAUCUUCAAGAAAAGUCAGUCGACCACGGGCGCAAUUCAGCUGCAGUUAGCCUAUUUUCUGUCGUGUCCCCAACCCCUCCCCCCUUCGGAUCGGGCUUGGUGCGGUGCGCCGUGCGCAUAAACACACCACACGCACCAUACAGCUGACCUAGAUCUACUUGCAUGCGGCAAAUCACACGGCAGGAUCGUUUGAAUUCUUCAUGCAGCGGACGAGGUAAGUUGCAGGUCAGCGUUGACAACCCCUCAAAGAGGCUGGACCGAUGGAGACAGCGAAUGCAUGAUCGAUGUAAACAUCACCGGGUCGAGAUGGACAUUUCCAGCCAAGAGCGGGCGAGACAAGAAGAUGGGUCAGCCGGUCACUGCCAGGGGGGCUUGGCAGACAUUUUUUUUCACUGUGACUUGACUCUACCGCCUCUUCUAGACUCUUAUUGAUGUCUGGCGAAAUUCUGGCGACCCUGCAUCGCGGGCGUACUCAUCCUUUGGCCUCUCAUACGCUGAAUAAACAAAACAGCCAGGACAGCACAACACUAUAUCGUGUUCGUCGCUGUGACGUGCAUUUUGGUGUGAGCGAAGCCGUAUAAAUCAAGGAACGGGUGAAAUGCAGGCCAUAAAGGUGAAAUAAUGACGGCUCAUAAAAAGUGAAAUCACCGGGUUAGUCACGUCUUGGGCGUCACCAUCUCAGCGUCACUUGAUGUAACGUUAAUAUCCUUGUCUCUGAGGGAGAGAGCAGCACCGGUGCAUCGUGAGCUGGUGGAAGGUAUCUAAGGAAGCGGCCAUCUUGAAUCGAAAGCAAGGCUAUCCCGUCAAACUCUCAGAUGAGGCAGAGUACAUUUUCUGCUAAAGGGGCAAAUGUAGCUUGACCAGCGAUAAUGCUAAACUGUGACCCCUCGUCAUAUGCAUUAACUCUAGCUUUGGAAUGUUCAGACACGUUACUUUGUUCUAUGACCAAGGUUUUCCUCUGCACUUAAAGCACUCAGAAACUUUAUAGCCACAUCAAACUCGAUUAAGACUCAGCCCAGAAUCAGAGAUGGCGGACCGCGAGGAAUUAUGGGAGAUGACGUCAACUGCGACGGAUCAUCCGUCUGCUCCUUACACCGAUCCUGAGGGAAAUAUGCUCUUCGAGCCAUUUUGAUCGCGCUGUUUCCUACUGGAGGUCCACUUUCUUGUAUCUCCCACAUAAUCUCUAUAGCUUGUCCGGAAGAUAAUAUUUUUUACCAGCGUGAUCUGUCGCUACAAGUGGCCUUCUAGCUUCAUGUCUUAACAAAUCAUAAGAAGUGCUGUGCUGACGAAAGUGUUUUGAAGCGAGUACCGAUGUAUCGUUCCAUCGGAGGAGGUAUUAGCUUAGUUUUAUCUGAUCCGAGAGUUUUAAAAUAGCAAAAUGAUUUCAAUAUGUACGUCUUGUUUUGCUCAGGUAAUACUGGUGAGGUUUUGUGUUUGAAAUCUGGAAACGCUUUCUCUGGAUAUCUCUCUUUGUUAUCAUUUCUAAUGUACAUGUAUCUACACCUACAGUGCUUGGCAGCUGGCAAGUGCACAAUAAUUUUGAAAAAAGAAUAAUUUUGCACUAGUAAGUUUUAACGAAUACAAAUUCACCUUAACACCGACAGUCAACUCUGAACAUUACUGACAGAUAUUCAAGACAUUCACAGAGUUUUGUUCGCGGACAGUACUAACGCUGUGAUGACAGUGACUUUCAAAGUAAGAAAAAAUAAAUUCAAAGGCAUGUUAGUACCUAGACUCUUAAAAUGCCAAUAGGAGGAAUUAUCAUUCUUUACAUGCUGGGAUAUUAGACUGACGUAUAGAGCUUGGCCCCUUUUCUAAUACUCGACUUUGGCUCCGUCUCAGGCUUCAACUUUUUUUUACUACCUGACUUUGCAGUUGUAAGCGCAAUAGUAAGUCUGAUUGUUCCACAAAACAUCAAGUAAGAUGCAAAGGAGCCAAACAUUGCAGUAUCAAUUUAAUUAUCAUUGCAGUCAAUUUAAUUUAAACGCUUCAGGCCCACAAACGGGGGUUGGUUUCGGAGACGAAGCCUGGCCUGAGACGUGACGGAUACAAAGUUGAGUAUUGGAAAACGGCCCAAUUGUACUCAGUGCUUAGUUGAGCGUUCAUGUGAUAGAAGGCUUUCAAUUAAAACUUUUUAAAAUCAAACGCCGUCUUUUUUGUCAAGAUACCUAUUUUUUGUCAAAUGUGGCAUGCUGUGGCUACCCUCGGUUACGUCGGUAUUCAAAACAAUUUCAUCCGGGAUGUAACUAUGACCACUCACCAUGGCGUCUCUGCUUACUUUAAUACACGGCUGUUGCCAAGGAGCCCGGGUACGUGGAAGUAUGGUAUGUAAUAUAAUCUGUCUGAAUACAGAACAAACCAUGAUCGUGCAGUGAAACUCGACACCUUGAGGCACCUGCCCCAGGCUGUGUAUAUGCUUCAGUUUUUCUCUCGGUUUAGCUCUUAUGUAGUGUCUGCUGGAUAUUUGCUGGCUUGGUCGGUUCAUUAGUAACUGCUUCUUACUCCAAUCAUUUUCGUUUCAUGUCAACUUCACCUUUUUUUUGUCAAUUUGAACUGACUUGUCAUAGAGGGAUGUGGUGUAGUUAAGAUGACUUGUCACAAAAAAGUAAAAUUGAAAGCAGAGUUUUCUGACCCCUGUGACAGAACCCACUCAGUGCCCCUUCCGGAGACCGAUGUGGCCCUUAAGUGGCACGUGCAAAAUGUUCCCCAGUUUAACGCCACUGCCCAUUAAAGCAAUUUUGUGCAUGACCUAAAACACGGAGCAGCGACUGCCUCAGGCAUAAAGUUACACCAUAACACCCAGAUUCCAUGCGUGUCGGAAUUUCAUAUCACACCGGCACUACCGACGUUAUAUGCUAUAAACACCUCUGCGUAUUUCUAGUUGGCUGCGAAUCCGUCUUGACCGACCCCCCCCAAAAAAAACAAUUUCAUGCCUUUUAAACAUUUUAAUCAAAAGACAUUUCUUGGCCUUGUGUCAUACUGUUUGACGCUCCUGCAUCGAGAUUUUCCCAAUGUCAGUGCCUCCGAAUUAGGCGUGUAAUAUAGCCGAGAUUUUAGAAGGGCCCCUCGUCCCCUCUUAAUGUCGUAUGAAUGUAUGAAUUACUUUACUUAGCGGGCUCAGACACGCGUGUCACCAGCGGCAAGGGCAAAAUUAAAAUAACCCCAGGCGCUCUGUGCACAUUCACUAUGUGAUGGGGGGGGGACGCCUCGAUCGGCGUGCGUGCACCGCAAUCCGGCUUGCGCGAGCGCGCGAGGUUGAUGAUUUAGUUCCCCAGUGGGGCCUUUGGACAAUCUCUCCCGAAAAAAAAAAGACUUAUUCCGGAGGGGGCUGAAUUGCAUGCAUUUAGAUUGCCAUCAAAUUAAUCGACUCGGCUGCGCAAAUUCCUGUAUAAAAUGCACCGCCACUUGGCAGCCACAUGAUAACAUGAGUGACGCCAUGCGUGCAGUAUAAAUUGUGCUCCGUCACUUACCAGAAAAUGGCCACGACGACUGUUUAGUGACUGUCUUUAGUUGAAGCCGAGCAUGCCGUACAUAGGGCGGACAGAGGUGCAUUACGAGCGCAGUAGCGCGAUACCUGCAACUCCAUGGAACAGCGGAAUAAUCGUUAGCAUGUGCUUCCAGAAUCCAAUCACUGGGAGGAGUUGCGGUCCAUGUAGCAUGCUCUUCUUUGCUUCAUUCUACUCAUUCCUCAUCUGUUUCUUCUUCUACUACUACGUGGAUUCCUCCGGGGCGGACGUGUCCAGCGGCGGGGCGGCCUUCUUCGCCCGCGGCCCGUUGUCCUGUCCAUUCCCCCGGUGCUACCCCCAUCUCUUGCGGAAGGUCCCCCGGAACGAGACGUUCCAGAGGCACCGCCAGCAGAUGAUGGUACCCAUAUCGGUGCCAGAUCACAAGCCGUUCGAACUGCGAUGCCACACGUGUGCACUGGUGACCAGCUCGGGCCAGCUCCUGGGCAGGAGGGCGGGCAAGGCCAUCGACGCCGCGGAGUGCGUGAUCCGGAUGAACGACGCCCCGACCCGGGGCUUCGAGGCCGACGUGGGGGGGCGCACCACCGUCCGGGUGGUGGGCCACACCAACUUCCGGCCCACCUUCCAGAACAAGCCCAGCAACCAGAAGACGCACUUCAUGCACGAGCGCACCAAGAGCGAGAACAUCGUCAUCGCCUGGCUAUACACCACCAACGUCUACAAGAACCCGGCCUACCGGCUCAUCCUGAACUACUCUCAGCUCUACAAGAACGUCACCUUCUACAUGCACACGCUGGCCAUGAUGCGGUAUAACAACGAGGUGUUCCACAACGAGACGGGCAUCACAAGGACUCAGGCCAAGACGUGGCUAACGACGGGCUGGCACACAAUGUUGCUAGCCUUAGACAUGUGUGACGAUCUCAUCGUGUACGGAAUGGUCUACGGAGACUACUGCAUGGAGCAUCCGAAUGAUUCCACGCCUUACCAUUAUUAUGGUAACUCGGGCAACAGGACGCGCACCGAGUGCGGCUAUUACAUGAAGAGCGAGGAGCGACUCACCAGCGGCCAUCUCUUUGUGACUGAAAAGUACAUUUUCGCCCGCUGGGCCAAGAAGUACGGCAUCAAGUUCGUCUACCCAAGCUGGAAGACCGACUCGGCCGACCGCUCCAGCUUGGACUCCCCGUUCAUGCGUCUGUACCGGGAGAAGUACGGCCCCGUGGAUUUGAAUCGGACUAAGGACCGGGGCACUGGCGUGGAUGGCAGCGGGAAAGUGCAGCCUGGCCCCGCCGGGAGGAACGGUCGCGAGGGCGGGGACAUUUCGCAACGCCACGAGGCCGGGGAUGAUCCCGAGAUCCCCAAAGAUGGGGCCGACAGUCGAGAGGACGCGGACUACGCCUACCUGAUGGUUGGGGGUCGGAAGGCCUCGAGACAAGGAGAGCUGAUUACUGACCAUGGCAGGUGACGUCGGUCGGGGAAGGCUCGAAAGAAACACUUCAUGAGCCCCGAGCUUGAUCAACAGAGGGCUCCAUUCUCCUAGCAACGGAAGCUCCUUUGGUUGGAACUGCGCUAAUACUUCACUGGUUCACAAACGCCUAUGAAAUGCACGUGUUACGGUCGAGCCGCCACCAACAAAAAGAACACUCCCGACCAACAUGGCUCUUACCAACUGAUGAGGGGGUGCUUCUGCUCAAGGCGAAUCCCAAGUUGUAGCGGACGCAGCUGCUUCAGGUGUCGGAUUUCCAUCGGGCAAGAGAUUCUGAACAUAUACCUAAUGCCAAAAAUUUGCUAGAUUAUUCAAAGGGGUGAGAGGAUGGAGUAAAUGAGCCGGCUUAAGAUCAAGGGGCUCACCUCUCGCUGGUCUUGCCGCAGUGCGGCACAACGCGCAGCUGUCCUUGUCUCGCGGCAGCCAGUUGCGGUAGAAGCCCAGAUAAGAACAACUGAACUAGGGUCAUCUCUAGCGACUACAUAACUUGCAUUUCGUGCAAGGUGCAACACCGGCUGUUCGUGGUCAUGCAUGGGAUUCUAGAAGUCCCCCAAAGUAUCUAUAUCUCCUUCCUUGCCCCCAGCAGUAUAGCCGGAAGUCUCGUAAGUGACGGGGCAGCUCUUCGCCUAAAAACUCGGUGCCGAAAUGGUACAGGGCGGAAUAUGAAUAAGUCGAAAAGUGAUAGUACAUGUUUACUCCAACAGUGACAUUUUACGGUCUCCUGGCGAUGACACAGACACGGCUUGUAAACUGUGCAUAAAACAGGUGCCAUGGGGAAAUCCGGAAUCGGUUUACUUGUUUUCAUGCCACGUGUCCAUGCUCAGGUGAAUUUCUCUCAGGCAUUCUCACAUUUAGUCGAGAUUGGAUCUCAAUUACUUGACCGGGAACAACACGCGCGACCGCGGAAGGCCGGCCGUGUCCUCUGGACUGGUGCAGCAACGGACACCAGCAGAUUUUGGACACGCGCUGGUCUCGCAAGUAUAGGCCGAACAGCGCCACCCACCGUUCCCAUGCGCAGUGCCCGGCAACCAUUCACCAUGAAGCGAUCAACGUGUGGUCAUAAAAAAACGUGUGGUCAUAAAAAAAAAACAUCUUUGCAUCUAAUCAAAAAAUAAACAAAGCUUGGAUUUAUUUUGUACACAAAGUAAUAACUUCCUAGUGUUCCUUUAUCCGGGUACUUAACUACCUUGUACAGAAAAAAAAAUAGCCAAAGUUUACACUCUUUAAACUAUCGUAUUAUUUGAUAUCAAGGUUUGUUUGUAAUUAGUAUAAAACUGUUAUUUAAUAUAAAUACUAAUGUGUAAAAUCGGAAUAAUAUAAACAGACUGUGCAUGAAGUAUACGUUUGGUUUUCUUUGAAAGGCACAUGUUAUGCAAUAAAUAUAUAUAAAUAGCAAGUUAUGUCAAUAAAUUGGCACUCCUAUUUUGAA